AUGGCCACUCCUCUCCUCGACCACUUUCCCACCUACUGGCGCGCCAUGGGCCUCUCGGUCGCUGCCACUUUCGCCGGCCUCGGCUCGUUCGCCAUACUCGCUCCAAAGCAAUCCGUCGAGCUUUUCGGGAUGAAAUCAACCACCCCAGAGUCCGCAGCAGUGGGCGCCAACUCCAUGUUCCUGCUCGGCGUUCGCGAUCUCUCGUCCGCAGCUGCGCUGGCCGCCUUUUACUACCAAGAGAACCCGAAUGCCAUGGGUACUGUCAUCAUGUCCAGCAUGAUCCUCUGUGUCGCCGAUUGUAUGUGGAUGUACAAGCUACGACGCGACGCUGCUGGACCGCUGCUGGGAGUCGGCGCUGCAAUUUGGGCGUACAUCGGCGUUGGACUGUUGAAAUUGUGA